UUAAGCUAAUGCUUCACAUAGAUUCCAUCUUCAGUGCGAAAAAUGAAUCACACAGAGACGAGACUCUGAAUUUACUGUUGAAUGAACGAAUCUCUAAAACAGGAAAAAGGGAGGUGGACAGGUGGAAAAGUGGAACGGGUACGGCAGAUGAUGUAAACAUUGGCGUACAGUCUGUAUUAAAAGAAACACGACAACGUGACAAAGGUAAAUACGCAAAACACAAUACAAUGUGUCUCCGUAGCAGGCCAUUGGAACAGAUACGACAAAACAUGACAGUGAAGGGUAUCCGGUUUUCUCGGGAUCACUUUGAAACUAUGACCGAAAGCAUAACUCUAUCUGGAAAACCAUGUGGGACUGGCUAAAAUAGAAUGUCAUGACGUCAUUGUGACUGUUCCGCACAAG